AUGCCCGUAUACGGACUUCCGGGUGCUCUGGAGUCCAGCCUGAACUCGCUGGUCGGCAUUCGCUGCCCAACGUCAUGGAGGGUCAGCGCUCACGGAAGUGACGUCACGGUGGUCAUCCGCUGGACGCAGUGCUCGAGUCCCUUAUCCGACAAGACCCUCAACUACGAUAUUGACCACGAUCCCAAAGAACGGCUACUCGACCACGAGUUCUCGACCCUAGCAGGAAAACCUCCCCUAGCUGGAGUUGCAUCCCCUCAUGUUGAAACCCUAGACAGAUUAACCAGCCCUUUAAACAGAGCCUACAAGACCAGCGCCAAUGUUGAGUCAGAUUUUCAGCCGUACAGAAUGAGAUAUAUAGAAAGCCUGUCGAAAAAAGCUAGAAGAUCUCCGGUACCCAUGUAUAUAACUUCAAACACCGGGUCAAAGAACCUCCACCAAAGCACCGCGACAAACGCGGACGUGCAAGACGUACACAGGGACUCGAAACUCAGCCCACAGCCGGACCGUUCAGCCCACAGCUCCCGUGGCAGCUGGAGUUCUCGCAGCUGUAAUAGGGUGUCGGCGUUUAAAGCCUACAGCCGUAAACAACACGCUCAGAAAAGGGAAUUCCCUGAAGCUGAAAAUAGACUGCGUGACGUAACAAGUCAGACAGCCAAUGAAAACGAUCAACAAAUGAAAGAGGUGUUGACGUUACUAGAUGAAAAAAGUGGGCUUUUGAGCAUAACUGUGGUGGAUAAUUCGAAUCCAGGCAUCGAUUCACAGGCCAUAAAUGGACAUUAUCAUAUCGAACCUGUAGAAUCGUGCUCAAGUUCAGUAUCGAAUCUAUCACCUCCUAUACUUCGACCAAAAUCCGUAGACAACAGAAGCGAUACUGUACCCAACCCAAGUGGCAGUGAAGUAGUCGAUUACCGAACCAGUCCCAGGCGGUUAUUGUGCGCUUUGUCGCCCAAUGUACUCGAUACUUUGCCGGUUUUGAUCAACGGCAAAGCGACCUUGAACUCUUCACCUCUGACACGUAGCAAGGCGACCCCUAACGUUUCACCUACCACCAAACGGAAGGCAACGUCCAGCCCACCUCCCACCAACGGCAAGACCUCCUCCAAACCUUCACCUCUGACCUGCGUUAAGGCGACCUCCAACCCCUCAUCGAUGACCUAUGACAAAACGACCACCAACCCCUCACCUUUGACAUAUGGUAAGACGACCCCUAACCCCUCACCUUCAACUAACGGCAAGGCGACCACCAACUCGUUGACCUACAGCAAAACGACCCCUAACCCUUCACCUUUGACACACGGUAAGACGACCCCUAACCCCUCACCUCGCACAAACGGAAAAGCGACCACCUCACCUUUGACCUAUGACAGGGUGACCUCCAACCCCUCACCCCUCAGCAUCGACGUGGCGAUGGAGGAGGACGGUCAGCUGUUUGACCUGGACAUGGUCUGCUCCACGGACAGCGACAGGAGCAGCCGCUGCUCCAGCUCUGACCAGACCUCGCUGUCCUGCUGGGACAGCAUGGAGCACCUGGAGGACAGCCUGGACACGGCCACGCCCCCAGAGGUCAAGAGGUCACAUGACUCAACCAUGGUUGAUCUUUAG